GUGGGGUCAGGGUCACUGGGGCUAUUUGAGGCUGAAGCUGUUGCUUGUCACUUUAUGCCAGGAGCAAGGUAGCAAUUUGUCGAAGUGACCUCGCUAUGCUGGGCCCUGGCAGGUGCUUUUCAGGUCUGUGAUGGCAGAAGGGAGUUGUGGCCUCUUGCUGGACACAGCAGAAGAGAGAAGGUGCUUGUGAAGGCUGUGCUGUGCAAAGUUUUCAGUGACUGCCGGUGGCUGCGGGGACUGGACCCCAUGGCCGUGCGGUGCUGGGAGGUAAUGCUGUUUGGAGUUACACGUGCAAACUGCCCUUCUCUCCCACCCAGUGCAAAGAAGCAGGCGAUCAAGGCCGAUGCGUAUUUGCGGUCCGUUAAGUGGCGACAUCCACCGAGCCACGCUUUUCAGUCUGAGCCAACGUGGGCUGGACAGUGCCUUUGCCGUAGGAGUGGUCCUGCUCCGAGAGCCGAGACGGAUGCUCCUCUGGGCUGUGAGUGGGAGCAGAUGUACUCACGUGUGCAAGUGGGGUGUCACUGUUAGGCUGGACCGGUGCUUUCCCACUCAGCUGCCCUUGCUGGCAGCACUAGAGCCAGGGAAGGCAAAGCUGCCAGAACCCCUGAGGCCAGUCGAAGUGCAUCUACAGCUGUUCGGUGGGAAAACGGUCCUGCCAGUUCCCUGGGAAGGGAAGCUGGUGUAGUGAUGGUGCGUGGAGUAAGAACAUCAGCAGAGAGACAAGGCUGGCCCUGGUACCUGCUACUGAUACGGAGCCCGCGCAGACACGCCUGCUAUGAUGGGGACUGUUCUUCUCUUAACAUCUGCCUUCUUGCCGGGGGAAGAAGGGGUGACAGCCACAUUUACACUCCUGCUGGCUCCUGUUGAUGCCAUGCGGGAAUGUGCCUGCUGGAGCAGAUCCGUGGGGGAGCUUGGCACUCUCUGUCCUCAGCAUGUGGAGAUAUUCAGGCUGUCCAAAUCAUUAUGCUGGGGCCUGCUUGCAUGCAGGCAGCCCAGCCCCUCCGGUCCUACCUCCUUGGGAUGCACCGAUUCCCAGGAGAGAGCAGGGCUCUGGAGGACUGCAGAAGUGUAGCGCUGCCCCAGUCCGAAUGUCUCUGUCCCAGCCAGUAAAGGGUCCUCUCUGGAAGCAGAGAGCUGGCAGCAGAUCAGGAGCUGGGUGAUGUCAUGCAAAGGAAAAACACCAAAGGGCGUCCGUGGAGGCAGGGUGAGUUGGAGAGAACAGAUGACACCUGCGUGGAGCAAGGACCCGUCAAAACAGCCUGGGGGCCUUGGAAGUUCCCCGUCUGGGAAAGGACAGGGACCUCAGGAGCUCUGGCGUGUAUUCCCUUUGCCACUGACCUUCUGAGUGACCUUGGGCAUCAUGUCCAUUAUGUUAUUCCAUAUGAUGGGGAUCAGUCAGUGGUGGACUCCUCGGAGAAUUACUUUGUGACUGACAAUGUAACCAAGCAAGAGAUUGAUCUGAUGCUGGGACUUUUGCUGGGCUUUUGUAUAAGCUGGUUUCUGGUGUGGAUGGAUGGGGUUCUCCAUUAUGCAGUGCGAGCCUGGAGAACUAGCCGACGGUAUGACAAUUCCUGGUCUUGGAUUCCAAAAUUUUGUAACUUAAAGGAGUUCAGAAAACGUCAUCACAGGCAGUACGAGGAGGCGACUGGGAACAUGGUGCACAUCAAACAGAAGCUGUACCAUAAUGGGCACCCUAGCCCACGGCACCUCUGAGGAAUGCCUUCCCCUCCAGAGACUGCAGUGAGGUUUUAAAAAGGACUUUGCUCUUCUUCCAGGGGAACAGCUACUAGUUUGCUCCUCUAUGGAAGCCAACCGAGGACACAAUUUUACUUAUCCAUCCUGUGUGUUCCUGUGGCACACCACGAUGCACAACUAAGCCAGUCCUGGAUGCUACGCAACCAAGACAUUGCACUGUGUUCCACAUUUUAUUGUCAGACUUGUGUAUAUAUGUAAAAAGCAGACAAACAAAAACAAACAAAAAAGAGAAAAGAGAUUUGCAUUAUACUUUCAACCCCCCUUUCCCUGGCAUUCACGGCUGUCCUGCACAUCCAGCUACCCUAUGGGGAAUGUUGGCCAAGGGUACGGAGGUGGGACAACAUGAAGAAGAUGCAGAGUUUCUCAUCCAAGAGCUCAAGUCCCCCGUUUCUUUGGUCCUUUGGCUUGGUUUUGCUGUGCUCUGUUCCUUCCGUUGCUAGAAUGGCUUGGCUGGUCACAGGUUUGGAUGGGGACUGCUGCCAGCUGGUCAUGAAGGCACAGUGUCUCUUUUGCUUUGGUUCAUGUUUUGGGGAGUUGCUGGGGGGGAAGGAAGGCCUGGGAAUAUAUAACUGAUUUGUCGUUUGCAUUGCUAUACCCUGAAACCUGCCUUAAGCAAUCCAAGAAAUCUUAGUACCAGGGGAACAGUACUAUAAGGUAUUAGUCCAUUUAACAGGGCUGGUGCUGGCUGGUUUACGCCACUUUUAUAUUGGUGGUACCUUGCUGAUGUCAGUGCUGUUAUUCUUCACUAAUGCUAGAGAGGAGUCCCUCCUGGUAUGCGGGGAGAAGCGUAUCGAGUUGAAUGGUGUUAGAUCUGACUUGCACCCUGAUCAUACCCCUCUGCUGCAAAAGCACGUUCCCCCCCCCCUUCCCUGGGAGGAAAGGAGCUACUCUCCCCCUCUUCUUAGAGGGUGAGAGCCUGGGGCCCUGGUUAAUACCACCCUAAGAAACACUGACAGUGCAGUGAGAGGGUCCUGUUAACAGUCUCACUCUUCCUGCACGUGAACAGCCACCUCUCUCCUUCUGCUACUGCUCCAAGCUGAAAUAGCACUUCUGCAGCAGGUUGGGCUUGGCUUGAGGAACACAGAGAGGCACGGACCUGAAGCCAAACUCAUCUACGGCAUCAAACGUCCCAAUAAUGGGUUGAAUCAAAGUACGAGGAAGCUCUAACAUGGUUUUGCCUUUCCUUCCCCUGGUCGCAGCUUAGGUGUGGGUUUCGAGGUAGCUAGCAAGCGUCUGAAACCAACCUCCACAUCCGAAGACCUCCUUCGCUUCCAGUCAGAGUUGCCUGAAGGAGUUGAUAAAGCCCGUGGGUACCUAGACGGCACAGUGGUAUCUGAUUCCUGUAGCAGUCAUGUUCUGCUGGGGGAGAAAAGCAAAUGCACCCAGACCGCAUUGCUUUUGCGCAUGCUGGGCAGCAGUCAGCAGUAGCCCUGCUGGCUGCAGUGGGAAGAGAGAGAUUUUUAUUGAGAGGAAUAAGGGAGGGAGGCACUAGCCCCAAGAAUUUAAGGUGGUAGCCCUGAAUCCCAAUCAUUUCUCCUUCAUCCAUCAUUUUGUAUUGAGAGGGCUUGUGCUUAAAUGGGGAAAACAUCCAGAACAAAAGGAUGAUGAAUAUUAUCAGAAGCUGCUGGUUUCUUCCAUGGAUUCCUUGACUCUGCCAGUGGCCUCCUAUUGUUUGAUUGCAAUGUCUGUGAAGAGAAAAGGACACCAUGACUCCCAGCUCUUUUCCUCCCUGCUUCAGCUUCUGUGUCUUGGGUUUGGUUUUUUUUUUUUUUCAUUGUUUCCUAUGCCCAGGAUCAGUUCAGUUAUUUACACGCCCCAAAGCUGGCCAAGAGCCAAACUUACCUGUUUCUCUGCCAUUCUUACCUUUGCUAUUCCCUAGUGCCUCUUGUCUUGGAGCCCCAGUUUCUGUCUGGGCCUAAUAAUUGCCUGGUCUAUACUUAUGUCUGUCUGCUUGACUGUCUGUCAUUCAGGACUUCCUAUGGUUGUAAUGUCUGCAGCCACCUGUUAGUAUCUAAAGAAUGACUUUUCCUUAAGCAGCUCCUUUCCAAGAUACAUGGCUUUGCAACCUCCCUCACUGUAGGAGCUUUGCGCAUUUGACCAUAUGGGCUCAUCCUCAAGUGGCAUAAGAUGCUCACUUCAAUGGAGUGUUUCUCAUACAAUGCCAGAUGAGAUCUGGCCAAACAGCUGUUCGGUUUGCCCUUGUGUGAUGGCACACACUUAACUGACAGCAAAGAAUAGGUACUGUAUUAUAAAACAGGUAGAUGUCACGGACAUGUCUUCAGAUGGGACAACGUUUUGCGGGGGAGAAAAUUCCAUCGUGAUAAGGACAAAUACUGAGUCUCUGGAACUAGUUGUGGGGAAAAAAAGCACUUUAAAUAAUCUUCCCACUUGGAGCCUCUCACUAGAGAGACUUAAGGCAGUGACCUAAACUGAGACUGAACUGAAAGUCUGGUUCUGCCCUGCUCUAGCAACUGACCUUAGUUGAAAUGUCAUUAAAUAUUAAACUUACAACUGGAAAGAGUGAA